AUCCAUGAAAAAAGAGGUGUCUUGAUCCAUUUCCAGAGUGGGCCUGAAACAGGGGAAGAACUGACAAAGCCAAAGCUUCUCCUUGCUAUCUUUUGCUGAUCUCGUCUUCCAGUUUCACUAGAGCUGAUUUCAGGGAGGAGAAAUCUGAUAAUUCUUAAAGAGGACCUGAUACUUGGAAUGAGAAUAUUGCCAUCAUGAGUCAACAAGGCUAUGUUGCGGCUCCUCCGUAUUCCCAAUCCCAGCCAGGAAUAGGAGGCUUUUCUGCAGGUUUUGGACCACCUAAUUCUUCACUUCAUUACGGGCAUUACGGGGACCCUAACUCCUCAUACUCAGCACCUCCACCAAGUGUGUCAAAAUCAACUGUGCCUUUUGGAACGUCAGCUCCUGUUGGGCCUCCACCACCUGGUACACAUCAAUUCAACCAGAACAGCUUCCAAAAUGGGCCCAGUGCACCAGGGCAACAGCCACACAGGUUUCAAGGCCCUCCACCUCCAAGCAGUACAGGACCUUCCUAUCCUCCCUACAGUCAUCAGUCACAGCCAGCCUACCCAAAUACUGCGCCCACUUCAUCUACAGCACAACUUGCUAACCAGCUCAGCAGCAUGCAGAUAAAUAGCUAUGGUCCUGGCACUACUCCGAGCUCUCGCAUGUCUUCUGGGCCUCCAACAUCUUUUCAGGGUCUACAACUACCACCACCAACCCAGCAGCAAAUCACUUUACCACCUGGAUCACAGGUUCCUCCACCAGCAAAUAACAUGAAUGGCCUUUGUGCUCAACCAUCGUUGCCUCCUAUGGCCAGACAAGAUGGAAUCCCUGGACCUGUCCCCCCGACUUCUAACUUGCAACAACUUUCAGGACAGCCUCCAGGGCCUGGAUAUCAUCCUCAGCCAGCAAACUACGGUCCUCAGAUGGCAGGAUCUCAGCUGUCUUAUCCUGGUGCUUUUCCUGGGGGUCCGGCACAACUCGCAGGUCCGCAGCAGAAGAAACUUGAUCCUGACUCUAUUCCAAGCCCAAUUCAAGUAAUUGAAAAUGAUAAGGCUUCUAGGGGAGGGCAGAUCUACGCUACAAACACAAGAGGACAGGUUCCUCCUCUUGUUACCACAGACUGCGUAAUCCAAGACCAAGGCCAUGCCAGCCCUCGUUAUAUCCGAUGUACUACCUACUGCUUCCCAUCAUCUUCAGAUAUGGCCAAACAGGCUCGCAUUCCACUGGCAGCUGUCAUCCAGCCUUUUGCUACUGUUCCACCGAAUGAGGCACCUCUUUAUGUUGUAAACCAUGGUGAGACUGGACCAAUCCGAUGCAACCGGUGCAAGGCUUAUAUGUGUCCCUUCAUGCAGUUUAUUGAAGGUGGAAGAAGAUACCAGUGUGGAUUUUGCAAUUGUAUAAAUGAUGUCCCUCCAUUCUUCUUUCAACAUCUGGACCACAUUGGCCGGCGGGUAGACCACUAUGAAAGGCCUGAGCUAUCUCUGGGAUCUUAUGAGUAUGUUGCUACUUUGGAUUAUUGCCGAAACAACAAGCCUCCAAAGCCGCCAGCUUAUAUCUUCAUGAUUGACGUAUCCUACAGAAACAUAAACAGUGGCCUAGUUAAACUCAUAUGUGAUGAACUGAAGACCCUGCUAGAUAAACUUCCAAGAGAAGAGCAAGAAGAAUCCUCAGCAAUUCAAGUUGGUUUUGUCACUUAUAACAAAGUCCUUCACUUCUUUAAUGUAAAAAGCAGCUUAGCUCAGCCUCAGAUGAUGGUGGUCUCAGAUGUUGGAGAAGUUUUUGUUCCUUUGCUGGAUGGUUUCCUUGUAAAUUUUCAGGAAUCACGAUCUGUCGUUAUCAACUUGUUGGACCAGAUUCCAGAGAUGUUUGCAGACACUAACGAGAGUGAGACUGUCUUCGCUCCUGUUAUCCAGGCUGGCAUGGAGGCACUAAAGGCUGCAGAAUGUGCUGGAAAAUUGUUUAUCUUCCAUUCUUCAUUGCCAACUGCAGAAGCACCAGGGAAGCUAAGAAACAGAGAUGACAAAAAACUACUCAAUACCGAUAAAGAAAAGACGCUCUUCCAGCCCCAGGUAAAUUCUUAUGAGGCCUUAGCCAGGGACUGUGUGGCCAAUGGCUGCUGCGUGAAUUUGUUCCUCUUCCCAAAUCAGUACGUGGACGUAGCCUCCAUGGGUCUCAUCACAAUGUACACGGGAGGAACAUUGUACAAGUACAACAAUUUCCAGCUGGAUGCUGACAGCACACAGUUCUUAAGUGACCUCAGGAAGGACAUCGAAAAAAAGACCGGAUUUGAUGCAAUAAUGAGGGUUCGGACAAGUACAGGCUUCAGAGCUACGGACUUCUUUGGUGCUAUUUACAUGAACAACACCACAGAUGUAGAGAUGGCAGCAGUUGACUGUGACAAGGCAGUGACAGUGGAGUUCAAACAUGAUGACAAACUGAAUGAAGACAGUGGUGCCUUAAUUCAGUGUGCUGUCCUUUACACAUCAAUAAGCGGGCAAAGAAGACUUCGCAUACACAAUAUAGGUUUAAAUUGUAGCUCCCAGUUAGCUGAUGUCUACAAGACUUGUGAGACUGAUGCACUUAUCAACUUCUUUGCUAAAUCAGCUUUUAAAGCCGUUCUAAGCCAACCACUGAAGACAGUCAGAGAGAUCCUGGUGAACCAGACGGCUCACAUGCUGGCCUGUUACAGGAAGAACUGUGCCAGCCCAUCGGCAGUCAGCCAGCUCAUCCUUCCAGAUGCAAUGAAGGUGCUGCCAGUGUACAUGAACUGUCUGUUGAAGAGCUGCGUGCUGGUUGGCAGACCUGAAAUUCCAACUGACGAGAGAGCUUACCAUCGGCAGCUGGUCAUGUCUAUGGGGGUAGCCGACACACAGUUGUUUUUCUAUCCUCAGCUUCUGCCAAUUCACGGCCUGGAUCUGAAGAGUGACGCCGUCCCAGCCGCCGUCCGCUGCUCUGAGGAACGUCUGUCAGAAGGAGGGGCCUUCCUGCUGGCCAACGGUCUGAGCAUGUUCCUAUGGCUGGGGGUGAGCGCGCCCCCAGAGCUCAUCCAAGGGCUCUUCAACGUGCCAUCCUUCACACACAUCAGCACAGAGGCUACAUCACUGCCUGACCUGGACAAUCCAUUUUCUAAGAAACUUAAGUCAAUAGUGGAGCAUAUCCAGAGCCAAAAGCCCUACACUAUGAAGCUGAUCAUAGUGAAACAGCGGGAGCAGCCAGAGAUGCUUUUCCGACAGUUCCUAGUAGAAGACAAGAGUAUUUAUGGAGGAGCUUCUUACGUGGAUUUCUUAUGCUGCGUUCACAAAGAGAUCUGCCAGCUGCUCAGUUAAGGAGUCUCAAAUACAGGUUGUCAGGUUCUUUCUGAUUUUGCGAGAGGGACGGUGAUGGGUGCCUGAAGGCUGGCCCCCAGCUCCACUGCACCAGGCCUUCUGCAGCGCUCUUCUCUGUGCUCUUGUUGUACAGUUUCAUUUCCCACAGCCUCUCACUGAGUAUUUAGCUUACUCAUUAAGCUGUAGAAUAGGAAGUUCUGCACUCAGGUAUUAAUCUUUUGGGAGCCCUGACUGUUUCUCCAAGUGCCGUGCCAGAUUUCAAACUGUCAACGCUUCAGAGCAUACGGUAUGCAUUUAUUGAAAUAUAAUUUAGAAAACUCUUUAAUUAUUCCUUUUGUUAGUCAUAAGUUGUAUAAAAGCCAGAAAAGAUGCUAAAAAUCUAUACAGGAGGAAAAAAAUACGUAACAUUGCUUUUUCUAAGUGAGUUGAAUAUAGUUGAAUUAGAUUUGCAGUAAUCGUGUAGUUCAAUGAAGUACUCAAAGUCCUUCAUGUAAAGCUGAUCUCUACAAAUAACCCCCCUUUUCCUGGAAGGGACAAUCAUUGCCUUCUACAGAAGCAGAGCUCUGGGUCACCUGCCACACCCAGGGCUACCCAGGAGACAAAAACGCCUGUUUAUAACUGGACUUGGGUAAGUUUAACAACAGUGGACCACAGGCGGAACAGUAAUCAAGCAUUCCUUUUGCUAAAUUUGGCAGAUAAUGCAACACAAUUAUGGUACAAUUCUCUUAAUUAACUUAGCAUAGUUUUUAAUUACGUAUUAAUAAUUGAACUGUUAGGUUUUAUUUAGUGCAUUUGCUAACUGGAACAUUCCCUCAAAAAUGCAGUGGCAGGUCAACUGUAAGACAGUUGACGAAUUAACCAAAGGGUAUUUGUGGUGCUAUAAAAAGAAAGCCUCUUGUUUAAUACCAGUUCUAUUACAGUGACCUCCUCUCGCAUGACUGAUUUAUUCAACAGUCACUGCUUUGAAAAAUAAGCCUCUGCUAAUAUCAAUAUUUAAGGUAGAAUUUAGAAAGCCAGGGUCUUUGGAAUAGCUGUUUACCUCAGAUACUUCAUCAAUCUGUAUGUUUAGGACCAAUACCUCUGCUUGUAAGAUUUGUACUUUUCCAAACUUGAAAAGCUAUUGUUACAAAAAUCAGUGUUUCAGAGAAAGCAAAAACCCCUCAAAAGUAAUGCUAAGAGUUGGGACUCAUUUAAAAAACAAAAGUGCCUUUAAGUAAGUUAGUGUUGCUACUUAGUGUUAAUCAUUUUAAUAUCCAAGACAAGCAGUCAAGAUGCAUAUUUCUGGUUUGACAGCUUAUCAAAAGAGCUCUAUCCUUGUGCAGUGACUGAGCGCUCUUAAAAUAAGCGGCUACGUUACAGAAGGAUCCUGGGACUGAAUUCAGCUGCCAAGGCAAGCACUUUUUAGCUGAAAAUGUUACCCUGUAAAAAGUAUUUGUUGCCAUUCCAAAUCAGUGUACUUUGUAGAAUGACACCAGCAACUCUAUGUGUAAAGAAAUAAGCAAUUAUUAAUUAUAAUUACGUGUAUGUUUAUUCUUAUAUAUACUAAAUUCUCCAAGUUUUUUAUGCUAUCAGCCUCUGCCAAAAGCUACAUAUGUAACACAUCUUAAACUUAUAACAUCUUAAAGCACCUAAAACUAGUACACACCCCACUACAGAGGGUGGUUUAGGGCAACUAGCAACAGAAACCCUCUUCAGGGCUCAUGGACUUCUUCCCCCUGCCUUUCCCUGUAAGCACAGCAAAGUCAAAUUAGGAACAAUAAUUCCUGCACAGUGUAAACAAAGCCAAGUCUCCUGUUGUGACUUCUAAGACAGCAAGCCUACCUGGUGUUACAGAACUUUCAGGGUGUUUCUGCUGUUAGCAUCACCCCAGAGGUAGGUGGGGAGCUUCCCUCCCCUCAGAGGUAGGAAGCUGGUGGGCUGCUCAUGACCUGUUUUCUUACCUUAUUCCAUGGAGGUUGCCCACAGCCAGAAGAUCGUGGCUGCACCACCACACGCAUCUUCUGCUUGGCCAGUUCAGGCCACGCAAAACCACCACUGAUCAGCUGCUUUAGUUGGUCACUUAGAAUUUUGAUGCGGAGCAUGCACACCCCUUACCCGUGCACUGGCAAAGCCUACAGAGAGCAUGAUUUCAGGCACAGCGGUGCUGUUCAGAACAAAGCUGUAGUAACACAAAGCUAUUUACACUCGCACAGCUAAUUCAUCCCAGCUCUAGCCUUUCACAUACAGUUAAUCUAAUUUUUUGUACAUAUCACAAUGGCUAAACCAGCACUGAGAUACAGACACACGUUGAUACAGCAGCUCUUGCAGCAAUCAUAAGUUAUCACACAGACAUAUUACAAUUCUUGUCUCCAGCAUAAACAGCAGGGCUGUAAUAUUCAACUCAGAUUUGCAGUAUUUAGGCCUUUUUAUUUACCUACUGCUUGCUUUUUUCAUCCAUGAGAAUGACCCUAUUAUGAAAAGGAUUAGUAAAUUUUCCUCCAUGUUAUUAAGUUGACUUUCAUCCCAUUACACUGGGCAAUUUUCUACUACAGCAAUAAAGUUGCCACCAACUUUGCCAGUUU